CACAGAGAUCUAUCACCUCUCCAUCUUUUGGUACCUCCACAUGCUGUGUUCCCAGGGGUUGCGUCGGAUUCGUCCGGGUGCAACAGCGCACAAGACAGCUGCAUGUCCCUCACUAAACCUCUUUGAGCUCCUUGUACAGCGAAUGGCGGGCUUAUCGCACUGGGAAUCCAGGCACAAGAGCUGCCCCUCCACGCUGAUUAGCAUGCGUAGUGGGGCAGCGCAGGUGCUGGUGCUGGUCUACCGUACCGCCUGCCGAGCUGUCGUCCCAACUUACUUCGUAUCUCAUCCUUCCCUUCCAUUUAUAUAUCUGCCUAGCCCCCCCUUCGCUCUUCGCUCUUCGCUCUUCUCUCUUCUUUCCUCACCCACAACAGUCAGAAAAAUCACCUUUCAAACCCAAACCAGACUUCAACCUAACCCAAAUUAACCAUUUCGAUUACACUUACGAGUGUAAUCACCACAACCGUCAAGACGUUUUCCAAUCUCCUUAACUCGUAAGACUCUGCUUUUGUUUACUUCAAUCGAUCGAUCGUGAUGGCGGAUGUGUACGGAUGGAGGCUAUCGCGCCACCUCUUCGCCCCUUCCUCUUUCAACCUCAUUGAUUCUCUCUUGGGCAUUCACUGAUCCGUUCCUUCCAGGUCUCAUCACCCCUUCAACUCAGCCCGCUGCUCUCCUUCCGGUGGAGCGUCGGACUCUCCAUUCACUCGAUAAAUACUCUCCUUCCUAACUUCGAACUCCAAAUUUCUUCUACUCCCAAACAUCAACAAACAACUCUUCCAAUUCGCACUCCUACAACAAUCACUAUCAUACCAUAAUUCUUUGCGAUUCACACACUUGCACACUCUCUCAAUCACUCAAUAAAUAUCUAUCGAAAUCAUGGCUCCUCACGCUGAUGAUACCUCUGCCUGCAACAAUGGCUCCUACCCAGCACCAACUUCCUCCAACGCCGAGUUGUUCACAGUCUCCUCACCAAAUGUCGUCUACUCCGACAAUGAGAUUCGUUCCAAGUACUCCUACCGUACCACUCUCAUUACGGAGUCUGGAGAUGGCAAGUUCGUUGCUACUCCCAAGGAGACCGUCUAUGACUUCAAGGUUGAUCGCAAAGUUCCCAAGACCGGUAUGAUGCUUGUCGGCUGGGGUGGUAACAACGGUACCACAGUCACUGCUGGUAUCAUUGCCAAUCGCCGUGGUAUCACCUGGGACACCCGUGAAGGUCCUCGUGCCGCUAACUACUAUGGCUCCCUUGUCAUGGGCUCUACUGUCAAGCUUGGUACCAAUGCUCAAACCUCCAAAGAUGUCAACAUUCCCUUCCAGAACAUACUUCCAAUGGUUCACCCCAAUGACCUUGUCAUUGGUGGUUGGGACAUCAGCGGUAUGAACUUGGCUCAAGCCAUGGAUCGUGCUGCAGUUCUCGAGCCAACCUUGAAGGCCCAGGUCAAGAAGGAGAUGGUUCAGAUGACCCCUCUUCCCAGCAUUUACUACCCUGACUUCAUCGCUGCCAACCAGGAGGAUCGUGCCGACAACAUCCUGCCAGGUAGCAAGGCUUCCCUUGAACACGUCGAGAAGAUCCGCAAGGACAUCCGUGAUUUCAAGGCCAACAAUGGACUCGACAAGGUCAUUGUUCAAUGGACUGCCAACACUGAGCGCUUUGCUGAGUUGAUUGAUGGUGUCAACGACACCGCCGAUAAUCUCUUGAAGGCCAUUGAGAACGGACAUGAGGAGGUUGCCCCAUCCACUGUCUUCGCUGUUGCCUGUAUCCUCGAGGGUGCUCCCUUCAUCAACGGCUCCCCACAGAACACCUUCGUCCCAGGUUGCAUUGAGCUCGCCGAGCGUCACAACGCCUUCAUUGGUGGUGAUGAUUUCAAGUCCGGCCAAACCAAGAUGAAGUCUGCUUUGGUUGACUUUUUGAUCAGCGCUGGUAUCAAGCUCACCUCCAUUGCCAGCUACAACCAUCUUGGCAACAACGAUGGCAAGAAUCUCAGCUCUCAGAAGCAAUUCCGCUCCAAGGAGAUCUCCAAGUCCAAUGUCGUCGAUGACAUGGUUGAGGCAAACUCUGUUCUCUACAAGCCAGGAGAGCACCCUGAUCACACCGUCGUUAUCAAGUACAUGCCAGCUGUUGGUGACAACAAGCGUGCUUUGGACGAGUACUAUGCUGAAAUCUUCAUGGGCGGUCACCAGACCAUCUCUCUCUUCAAUGUCUGCGAGGACUCUCUGCUCGCUUCUCCAUUGAUCAUUGACUUGGUCGUCAUUGCUGAGAUGUUCACUCGCAUCCAAUGGAAAGCUGCCUCUACUGAUGGUGCCACCACCAAGGAGUUCAAGAACUUCCACAGCGUCCUCAGCGUCUUGAGCUUCAUGCUUAAGGCUCCAUUGACUCCUCCAGGAACUCCUGUCAUCAAUGCUCUUGCUAAGCAGCGCAGUGCGUUGGUCAACAUCUUCCGUGCUUGUGUUGGUCUCGAGCCCGAGAAUGACAUGACCCUUGAGCACAAGCUGUUCUAAAUGCUGAGCUUGUUCGGAGCUGGUUCUUUCUGGGAUCUGGUUUCUUCUCGGGAUUACUAGUUUGAGCUCGUGGUGCGUCGUUGGGGGUUGAUGGGAACUACUAGGCUCAUGGGUGCGUUACUUUCUGCGCGGUCUACUCCACGGCGAUAAGUGCCAUGCAUUCGUUCUUUAGACUCA